CUCAGAGCUGUGUUUAUUCAUUUCUCAAGAUAGCAUUUUCUAGUACCAUUGAGAGCAAAACUAACCCUUACAAAUAAUUAAAAAAAUAUGGCUUUACCUUCGAAUAACCUGAAAUUGAGAUUCAUGUGGCAGUACAUUGGAGCGAUGACAGUGGCAUUACCAAUGCUGAUGCUGGGCAUGGCUACCGCUUGGCCAUCUCCUACAUUACCCAAGAUCAAAGAAAACAAUGCACCACUCUCCUUGGACCAUUCCGAGAUAUCUUGGGUGGUAUCUCUCAUGUUCUUUGGUAACACACUAAGCCCUUUACCUGUUGGUCAACUCAUGGACAAGAUUGGAAGGAAAUGGACCUUGUACGUGUUAAACGUAAUGCCUCUCACUGCAUGGAUUAUCACGUAUUACAGUCCCUCUGCAUGGUACUUGUAUGUUGCUCGUUUCCUCAACGGAUUGGCAGCAGGAGCAGCCUACACAGUAUGUGCCGUCUAUAUUGGAGAGAUAGCAGAACCGUCUAUAAGAGGGUCAAUGUCCAACUUCAACAACCUUUUCAAGACUCUGGGUGGUCUAUUAGUAUUUAUUGUAGGUCCCUAUGUGUCAUAUGAAACUCUUGCUCUCACCUGUGGUCUGGUGCCAGCCUUGUACUUCCUUGUGGCGGCGUUCAUCCCGGAGUCUCCAUAUUAUCUUGUUAUGAUGAACAGAAAACAAGAAGCAAAAGAGGCUCUGAGGUGGUUGCAAAGGAAAGACGAUCCAGCUCUUGAUCAGGAAUUAGCAAUGGUAGAAAAAACUGUAAUUUCCCAGACACAAAAUAAAGGUUCAGUCAAAGAUCUGUUCAAAGAUAGAGCAAAUCGUAAGGCAGUUGGCAUUACUAUGAUCUUAUCCGUGGUAAAAAAUCUGAGUGGAUAUGAUGUGAUGAUGGCUUACACCUCCACAACACUUCCUCCUGAGGCAUUUAAUUCCUUUGGUCCUAAUGAAUGUGUCAUCAUCCUGGGAGUGAUAUCAGUAGUUACAUGUAUUGGCUCUAUAUUCAUCUUAGAUAAAUAUCCUAGAAGAUUUUUACUGACUUUGUCAUCUCUAGGGUGCUCAAUUAUGACACUUCUUCCAGGCCUCUGGUUUUUUCUGAAUGAUAACACAUCAGUCGAUGUGUCAGCGUUCGCUCAGAUACCAUUCUACUGUUUUGCAAUACAUGCUGUGGUGUACUCAGUGGGCCUUGGACCUAUUGUUGCCAAUGUAAAGGGAGAACUCUUUUCAGCCAAUGUAAAGGCAGUUUGUUCAGCUAUGACCAGUAUUGUGUUUGCCAUUUUAAGUUUUCUUUCUACAAAAAUAUAUCUUAUAAUUUCUGACUCUAUGGGUGUCUAUGUGAAUUACUUACUAUAUGCAAUAGGGUGUGCUCUUGGAACACUGUUAAUCCGUAAAUAUGUGAUAGAAACUCGAGGUAAAUCUCUACAUGAAAUUCAGAUCAGACUCAGUGAACGAAACAAGACUACUAGUGUAUCUGUUAUCUCUCAUAGAUAACGUAAAAAUCCGUUCUUGUGAUAUACUGAACUAAACAGAUUGAUUAAUGAACUUUUCUCAACAAUCCACGCUAGGAGGGAGGCGAGUUGGCAAUGGCAAAUAGGGUUGGAAUGUUGGAAACUGGGAACGAGUAACACUUUUUCCAGCAGCACCUGACAUUUAAUUUUGAGGGAAUUAUUAGUCUAGUCUGUCAAUUAUUAUUUUUCUCACAAAAGCCCUUGAUUAUUACAAAACAAUAUUUAAUGUCUAGUGAAUAUAAGAAGUAGGAAACUCACCUGGCCCUAUAUACAUAUAUGUAUUCUAUAACAUAAAUGAUUAGAACACUGAGCAACACUAAAUUUACUCAAACUAUCUCUUGUGAUUGUAAGGAUCUAGUUACCUACUUAAAAUAUACGGUUCUUUAUACAGUAAUAUCCAAGGUGGUCUAAAAAUCUGUACCUUAUUUUAAUGUUU